UCUUAAUGAUUGCACAUUUUGAUUGUUUAUGUUAAUUGUGUUUUCUUUUUUCAUUUAAUUAAAUUUUUUUUUUUACUCCUUAAUUGUUGUUCGUAUUUGGUUUGAAAUUGAUUUUGUUAGUAAUCAUGGCAAGUUUAGAUGAUUUUUUUGCUAAAAAGGAUAAAAGUAAAAAGGGUAAGAAAAACAAAUUAACCCCAGAAGAAUUAGCUAAACAAUUAGAGGUUCAAAGUAGUGGUUAUCAUUCAAAGAAGAAAGAUGAUGAUUAUGGUGGACACCGAGGAUCUGAUUUAAUCUCUAAUUCAAAAUUGUUUGAUCAGAAUGAUGAAGAAUGGAAAGACUUUGAAGAUGAUAGAGAAAAAGAUUAUCGUGGUUUAAAAAUUGUCUCUCUUAAUCUCAGAGGCAAAGAAGAAGAAAUGUUGGAAAAACAACGAGUUGCACAGGAGAAAAUUGCUGAAAAAUCUAGAGAUGAUUCGGGCCCAUGGAAUAAACAUGCUGAAGGUCCUGCACCAGUAACCGAAGAACCAAAACCUGAACCCAAGCCUGAGAUUGAAAAGGAAGAUGUGGCAAGCAAAGAAUCUAAAAGCGAUUUAGGAGGUGGAAUUGGAAAAAGUCGAUAUCUCCCACCAGCUCUUAGAAAUACAUCGAGUAGCUCUGGUGAUAAUACAAUUAAACCCACUACAAUGGCCGCUGCAGUUAGAAAAUUACCCAAAGGUUCACUUCCAAAAAUUGAUGAUGCCCAAGAUUUUCCAUCUCUAUCAAUUGUUGAUUGAUAAGCGAUUAGCAAGCAAAAGAGUUACUAGAUAAUCAGAAAAUUAACGGAAAACAUGAGGUAACACAUCAGCUGUUACCAAUAAAUUUCUCAAGGAAAUAAGCGCCUUCUUUAAAAUAAAUUGCCAAUUGAAUUUAAUUACCUAAAA